AAACUUCAGGAGUCGUCCAUGUCCCAAAUUACUAUUUUAGAAGACCAAUUGGAACAAAAACGACAACAGAUUGUACGAUUAGAAAACAAAUUGGAUUUACAAAAGGAUUAUGAAGAAAUGAAAAGAGAAAUCAGUAUAUUGCGAUCCGACUUAGCCAAUACUCCCGAAGGGAAAAAUAUAGAAUUAUUGUUAGAAAAAUCAAAAAAUCUUUCUGUGCAAGACACUACAGAUAAAUCACCGUCAAGGGAGAGUGAAGGGGUUGAACAACAACCGCCGCAAACCCCUAACCUAUCUCUCACCCCUCCAAACCUCCCUCCACCCUUUCAAAAUGUUGACGCUUUCGGUAGUUUGCUAGGAGAAGAAAUAGUUUCUUCCUGGAGAAGAAACAUAGAACACAAUCGUGUAACACCAAAAUCACCCUCUGCUUCUUUAGAUGUUCCGUUGAAGAGUUCCACCCCCGUGAACGCAGACUCGACGGCCGAGAAGAGUACAGCUUCUACGCCGCAACCCUCGGAACACGGCUGCCAGCAGUCACCCAACGAGAACCUAGUGAACGGCAAUCCAAAGAGUCCGCAAGAAGACAACAACAACCACCACGUCAGCAAUAACAACAUCAGCUUAUCCGCAAUGUGUGCCGUCAAUAACUUUCUCAGAAACGAUGACAGCUUGAAGAGUCCGUACAGGUUUGAUGACCAUCGAGGGCCCUUCAAAUUUGCCGACGACUUGGGAAUGGCUCCUGGAUCUAUGGUAGGACGACUUGGCGAAAGUCUUAUCCCUAAAGGAGACCCCAUGGAAGCCAGGCUCCAGGAGAUGCUGAGAUACAACAUUGACAAAUACGCAACACAAAAUUUAGAUACUCUUCACAUAUCUCGGAGAGUACGCGAACUGUUAUCGAUACACAACAUUGGCCAAAGAUUAUUCGCGAAAUAUAUUUUGGGACUUUCUCAAGGUACGGUCUCAGAAUUACUCUCGAAACCUAAACCUUGGGAUAAGCUAACGGAGAAGGGCAGAGACAGCUACCGAAAAAUGCACGCUUGGGCUUGUGACGAAAACGCGAUACUUCUGUUGAAGUCGUUAAUACCAAAGAAAGACCAUUUUUCAUCAACAGGAGUCAAAUCCGAACCCGGUAUGACCCCUUACGGUCGUCCUGAUAACGAUCAUCCAGAAGACAGACUAGUACAUAUUUUAAACGAUCCGAACUUUCACCAACACAUGAAGCAGCCUCCGCCAGAAGACAGCCAUAGCAACGAGGACUCCAAAUCGCCUCAAGGAUGCAGCAGUCCGUUCUCAAGGGAUUCCAGUAUGAACAAGAGACUGAAGAAAUACGAAAACGACGACAUCUCACAGGACAAAGUAGUCAGGAUUUAUCAGGAAGAGUUGGCCAAACUUAUGGGUAGGAGGAUAGAAGAUUUAAGAGGACCAAGGGACGGACCUUUCCCUGGUUUUUUCCUUCCUCAACUCUAUAGUGGCAACUCAAUGGAACGAACUCCCGAAGAUCUUCGAAUGGUUCUCGAUGCGUACCACCGAGAAUUUGCUAAGCUGAAUCAUGGUCAAAAUCCUACACAAAUGCAGUUGAGUCUCUUGGCUAUUCAACAGCAAAGUCUAGCUCACCAUCACCAGCAGCAACAACACCAGCAACAACAGCACCAGCAACAACAUGUAAAUUCAAAUGGUGGUGUUCAAGACCUUUCCAUUCCAAAGGAUAAGAUGAAGAUGGUUAAUGGAGGCAUGGACGAUAAAGAAAAAGAUGACGACCAUGUUUCACGACAUUCUGGAUCAGCUUUUAGCCUAGUCAGGCCGAAAAUUGAACCAGGUACCCAACCUAAUACUGGAUCCACGGCUUCCAGUCCCUUAGGAAAUUCCAUUUUACCUCCAAUGACCCCUACUGAUGAUUUUUCAGGAUCAGCAGCAGCAUCUCCCUUGCAACGAAUGGCAAGCAUAACAAAUUCCCUCAUAUCACAACCUACUACGCCGCAUCAUCCAUCUUCCAACAACAGACCCCUAAAAGCAGUAUUACCCCCUAUUACUCAGCAACAAUUCGAUCUAUAUAACAACCUUAACACUGAAGAUAUCGUUAAAAAAGUUAAGGAACAAUUAAGCCAGUAUUCUAUUAGCCAAAGACUCUUUGGAGAGAGCGUGUUAGGAUUAUCACAAGGAUCUGUCAGUGACCUUCUGGCAAGACCGAAACCUUGGCACAUGUUAACCCAAAAAGGAAGAGAACCUUUUAUAAGAAUGAAGAUGUUUCUUGAAGACGACAAUGCCGUCCACAAACUUGUUGCCAGUCAAUACAAGAUUGCUCCAGAGAAGCUCAUGAGGACAGGAGGAUAUGGAGGUGCUUGCACAUCAAUAGGAAAGCCGAUGCCUCCAACGAACAAGAUGCUCUCAGAAGCUGCUGGUUUGUUGAACAAAAUGCAAGAAUCACAGAACAUCUUGCCACCUUCUCUUCAACUCGGUCCACCCCAAGGGGUAAAUCCACAACCACCACCACCACCGAUGCUACUUACGCCUCCAGGACUACCCCCACAUCACGCUAUCAGUUUACAAAACCCAGAUCUCAUGAAGAAAGCUAAUCACAGUCCACAUGGUAUUCCACAUUCUCCGAUGGUCCCACAACAUGCAUCACUAAGAAAUAUGCACCAACACAUUUCGCCAAGCGUAUAUGAAAUGGCAGCUUUAACACAAGACUUAGAUACUCAGGUCAUUACUACAAAGAUCAAGGAGGCUCUACUGGCUAACAACAUUGGACAAAAGAUAUUUGGGGAAGCAGUUUUGGGUUUAUCACAAGGCUCCGUCAGUGAACUUCUGUCCAAACCAAAGCCAUGGCAUAUGCUCAGCAUAAAAGGGCGAGAACCAUUUAUUCGGAUGCAGCUAUGGUUGAACGACGCCCACAACGUGGAUCGUUUGCAAGCUCUAAAGAAUGAGAGGCGAGAAGCCAACAAGAGGCGAAGAUCGUCUGGAGCAGGUGCUCAUGACAACAGUAGUGAUACAUCAUCAAACGAUACUUCAGAAUUCUAUCACUCAAACUCACCAGGUCCUGGUCCACCGUCAGCUAAGAAACAGCGAGUGCUGUUCAGUGAAGAACAAAAAGAAGCUUUACGGUUGGCCUUCCAUUUAGAUCCAUAUCCCAAUGUUAACACUAUCGAAUUUCUAGCGACUGAACUUGGUUUGUCAUCGAGGACCAUUACGAAUUGGUUCCACAAUCACAGGAUGCGGUUAAAACAACAAGUUCCGCAUGGACUACCUUCGGACUUACCUCCUAGAGAUCAAACCGGUAGCCAACAGUCAUUUGAUCCAGUACAAUUUAGACUACUUUUGAACCAAAGAUUAAUCGAGCUUUCGAAAGAAAGAAUGGGUUUGAGUGGAGUUCCGUUGCCUUACCCCCCUUACUUAGCCACUAAUGCUAAUUUGGCGGCUUUGAUCAGCCGGGGGUUAUUGCCCACUGGAGACAUGGAUCUGUCAGCUCUGAACAAUGCCGUAAAAGAGCAAAUGAGUGGUUUAGAUCUUUCUAUGCCUUCUUUAAAACGAGAACCCGGUGACUACGAUGAUGACGACGACGUUGAAAGCAACGUGGGGUCGGAAGAUUCGAAUAUGUCUGGUGGUAGUCUCCAUGGAGAAGUAAAAACUGAGCCCAAAGAAUUACCUACUAAUCAAGGCAGAUCGUCAAGACGAAAGCCUGCUGCACCUCAAUGGGUCAAUCCCAACUGGGAAGAAGAAAAGGAAAAAGUUAAUACCGGAGAUGAAGUUAUUAUCAACGGUGUCUGCGUGAUGCAAACAGGAGAUGAUUACGGUAGACGGAGCUCCGAAGAAACUGUCAGGGUUGAGCCUCAAGCGGUCAUGGACAGGUUUGAAGAAGACCAGAGUGACGCUUCUUCGAUUAGUAAUAAUCACGAACAAACUGUAAAACCGGAAGCCAAAGAAGAUGAACAGGACGACUACAACGAGAGUGAGAUUAAAACAGAAGAAGACAGUGAGAAUAAGAACCUUAACCAAGAAAACGAAGAAGAAAGGUGGGAGUACUAAACCAUAGACAAUAUAGUAACUCUCAGUAAUGUUUUCUUUAGUUGUUGUUGGUGUUUUAUGGACGACCUAAGAGACUUCCUAGUGAAACUAUGUAAAGGUUGAUGAUUUGUUAUGAUAUACAAAAAGUGCAAUCACGAAAAACGAAAAUUUAUCCCCAAGGUUAUUAUAAAUAUUUAUUGAAAUGUGAUUUACGAUGGACGUGUUGGAAAUACUGGAUGUUGUUGAAAAUUUUCAGUGUUUACAGCAAGCCUAUCGGCUUUUUGUGAAGUGUCGCAGAAUGUGCUUUUGAACAAUAUGUGAUUGCUUAAUCAUUCUGAGCAGUAUUUUUAUUAUCUUUUUGUAAAAGAGAUAAACAACUUUUAAUUAUUGCGGUCAGUUUUACAAUAUUGAGUUACCUUCUAUUGAAAAGAAACUAUCAGAAAGUUUGUCUUUUACAGUCUAAGAUUAAAAGAGAGUUUGGUGAUUGAUAGAAAAUGUUCACUUUUGAAUUUCGUGUUAAUGAUAACUUGCAUAUACUUAGACAGUUUUAUUAUCUUUUUUUAAUGAAGAAUUUUGAUGUUAAAUUUCUAAAGGUAUUUCAGUUUUCAGUCCAAACCGAUCAUUGUCUAUAAUUUCAUUUGACCACAAAAAGUAAAUAAAUAUUAAGCAUUUGAUUCUAAUACCAACACAGAAUGUAUGAUGUUGGAUAGUGAUAAAUCGGUAUUCUAUAAGUACUGGUGUUAGGUAUUUAACUGUGGUCAGCAAUUGAUUGUGAAAUCGACCGUUAAAAUGUUACUUGCCAUUGUCUAAUCAUUUUUGAAUAUAUUUUGUAUUGUUGUACAUAAUACUUUUUCGUUAUUUUGUUGUGAACACAAAGCCAAAAGGUUCAAAAGACCAUUCUACACUGCACAAAAGUUCUUGCCAAUUUUUAACUAUUUUACUUAUUGGCAUAAGUUCGUUCUCUUUUUUUAUUUUAGUUUGUAUUUAAGUAGUUAUUAUUGCAUAAGACUGUUACCGUUAUUAUUAUAUAUAGUUAGCUUUCGAGCUAAAAAGCAAAGAAAAUGUUUUGAACAUUUUGUGAUAUACACAUUACUUUUUAUUUUGUAUUAUUAUUGAGAAUAUACUGUGCUUUCCAUUUUUAAGAGUACCGAAUGGCCAAAAAUGCAAUAUUUUAAGUAAUUAAGUUCUUAUAAGCUUAAAAUUCUUGAAGUUAGGUUUUAAAGAUGUUAUUCGGUGAAGAUUUCAAUAUUUCGGACGAUUAAAACUGACAUUUUUUAAAAAAUAAAUUGUUUUCAUGACUGUUGGGGUAUAAAAGGGGAUGUUGCGGUCAAAUAUCCUGGGAUUUCUGGAAAUUUUUGUUCACAAAUAUAGAAUACUUUAUCAGAGUUUACUAAUGUUAUAACACAAAAGAUAAUCUCAUGAUAAAUAUUUCUGUUAAUAGAAUAUAAUUGUAUGAUAUGUAAUUUAAAUGUCCAAAAGGUUUAAAGGCAAUUAAAGGUUUCUUCAUUUCCUGUGUAAUAAGUGUUCUUCAGUCAUUCAAGAACUAUAGUUUCAUCUUUUUCAAGAGAUAGUUAAACCUUGUCGUGUUGCUCUGCCCACUUUCUCCAUUUUACAGAUAUGAUUUCUGAGUGAGCAAUGCUCAAUGAGAACACCUGCUAUUACUUCGAGUUCAGUGUUCUGGAACAGUACAUCUGGAACGUUAUAAUAAACUUUUUGUUUAACUUUAGUCUACAAUAUUUUUCCAGUAGGCUGCCCUAAUUUUCGAUGCUUUUACUAAUUUUUAUGUAUUCUCCAUUAUGCGGUUUUUUUGGUUUACUGCAGAAUCAGAUAAAAGAGGUACUAACUCCUUCUUUAGUAGUACUAUCAGGGAUCUCCUCACCACCAAUUUUUUUAUGCCCUUAGAACUUAAAACAAAGAUAUUUUGGUGUAGUUCGCCAGUUGCUAAAGAUAUCUUUUGCAGUUCCAAGUUUUUGGGAACUCAUAAAUUGUAGUCUUCACAAACUUGAGUGCAUCUUCUUGAGAGGUAAUGAAUAUUUUGGUUGAAAUGAGGCCUUUCUUUAGACGCUCUUUAGCACUAAAAUCUAUGGAUAGUCUGGUGUCAUCAUCGAGAUUGAGAUAAGAAAUACACUUGAAAACAGAACCAUUAUGUGACUAUGACAGUUAAAAAAUUGGAGGAUUUGUUUUAUACUUAUGAUCUGAGAUAUCAAAAACCAUUGAUGGAACUAACAUUUAGCAAAUUUUCAAUCUGAGAUACUAGAGUUAUCUUUUGUGUUAUUACCUGUUGUGUAAAUUCCGUUAAAGUUAAUAUUGUUCUUUUAAUGAAAAACCGUACUGAAAAACUCACUUACGGUAUAUUGUAAGACAGUUGUAAUAUGUGAUAUUGAAAUUUUCAACAAUAUUAUUGUUAGUAGUAACUUUUCGUACUCAAAAAUGAUUUCCAGCAAUCUUCCAAAGUUUUUUGUACAUAAUUUGGUGUACAUUUCUCGAAUUUUCUUAUUGUACUAAAUAAAAUAAUUUUAAUUUUGAAAUUUUUGUGUCCACAUUUCGUCUAGUCUAAUUAACAGGGGCAUCAGCAUCAAAAAUACACUACAAAAAGGCCAGUACUGAUUAUUUAUAAUUUUUUCUUAUAAACAAAUACAAUAGUUCAAUAAAAAGCCUUACUUAUGCGCACGGUAUCGUGUUGAGAAAAUCAAAAUUUUGAUAGUAGUCGUACAAAACGUGAGGACAACCAAAAUACAUUCGCUAUUGCGUCUGAACUUAUAUAAUUUGAUUUUUAUUCAAAAUAACUUAUCUAUAACGUCAAAAUAGUAUCAUUUCUGUAAGUUUUACUUCUUGGCUCUAGUAACAUAAAAAUAUAGGACCCUGAUUUCGAACUAAGUAAGUAUCUUCUAAACUUGUAACUUUUUUAAACUGAUGAUUUUGAUACGAAAUACACUUUUUCAAUUUUGAAGAAAUAGUCUAUAAUUUAUUUCAUAAUUUUUCUAAUUGUUGGUAGUUUUUUCUCCAAACUAUCGUUUCGUUUCAGGAUACUCUUUCUAUUAAAAGUUAAAUCACUGAAAGAUUUAGUGUUACUUGCUUAAAUCCUGCUUCCAAGUCAUCUCUUCAAAAAUAUUUAGUGCUCUUAUCUAUAAUUUCAUUAAUUUCACUGACUUCUAUUUAACUUUUAAUCCUGGUGAACCAUUUGUCAAAAAACAACUUAUAAUUUUGAUCAAAUUUGGUAUCAAAUCUGAUAAUUUGACAACCACGUUGCUGCUCAUACUAAGAUUUGCUCCUGGAGGUAUAAUAUUACUUUGGCAACCAACAAACAAAUCAAAGUCAUAGCAGAAUCCCAAAAUAUCACCCAGUGAAAGUGUUUGAAGCCUCACUUGUGUGAGUUUUUUUUGGUUAUAUUGCUUUAGCUGGCUUAGCACUUUUGUUGGUAUAAUCUGUUCGUCUACAGCUAGAAAUUCUUCUUUCGAAACCUGAGUAGCCGUUCUUUUUGAUUUGGUUCAGAAUAGAUCCGAUUUUGAAUAAUCAAUCAUGGCCAGGCUGAUCAUUUUCUAUCAUGUCGUUAUUGUUAUUGAAAUUCAAGAAACGUUUUAUUUCUUCAAAUCUGUUACAGCUCAUCACAUCGCUAACUGCUCGGUGACCAAUAUUGGCAUUCCAAUAGUGUGUUGUGAGAUGGAAGUUGAAUUAUAUAAAAUUUGAUUGUUCUGUGAUAUGCUCUAUAAGACUAUCAGGAAAGAGAAACUUAAAAAAUUGGACCGGAGUUUCUGAUUGUAAAAUCGAGGAAGGGAUUUUCAGAACCAGUAAAUUUUGAUUAUUUUCUGAUCUUAGAUAUUAUAUAAUAAGAUUAUCUUUUACCGAAUUAUGAGAUUUCUUCCUUUUAUAUCGCAGUUUUUCAGACAAAGGAGUAUCAUCAUAUCAUCUUCAUGUUCCUCAUUGUCACUAUCUUGUCACAAUAUCAUCUUAUUAGUGUCAACUUCAUCAGAGAAAUCUAAUUCUUCACUAUUAGUACUUAGCACUAUCUGGUAUUCGAACUGCUCUCAUUGUACCAUAAAAGUUUCGGAUUCAUAUCUACAAAAACAAUCCAUAAGUUUAUAACCUCAUAGUGUACCAUAUAUAGGACAAAGCCUUUUUGGGGUUUUCAAAAGGCUUUCAACAUUCAUAAUGUUUAGUCUUCUUCUCACUUCUCACCUGAGAAAAUAUCUAAUAUCACAAUACGAUGAAUUUCAAUUUUUUCUCUCCGUAAAAAACGUUUUUACCAUGAAAAAUAACUUCAAACUUCGAACACUGUUUCACGUGGUUUAGAAUUUGAACAAGAAUGAACUUGAAACUGCGCACGGCUGCCUAUCUCGCCGUCAGAACAUGCCGCAUAACAAAAAUUGAGUUAAAUCAUUUAAAAAAAAUUUUUUGUUUGUGCCAUUUAUGGCACAUAAUGCGGUAAAAGGUUACCUUAACCUUUAAAUUGUAAUUCUACUCUAACCUGCACAAUUUUUAAUUUCAUGUCUAAAUUUCUUCGAUUAUUUAUUGAUUCUCUUCAAGCUCUUAUUUACGUCCAUAGUUAAAAGUUUCUUCCAUUGCAGUUUUCUAUCAGUUACUGUGUCAAAUAGUACUAUUUAAUAGUUUAUGCAUAUUUAGAAAGUCUUUUUAACCGACCUAUCUAUUUUUCCGAUAUAAGAACUUCAAAUACUGACUUUUAUACUAUUAAUUUUGAUAAUUAACUGAUAUUUUUUGGAAUUUGACGCAGUAGAUCAAUGAUCUGUAAACGGUGAAUGUAUUUAGGGUUCGUUCCUCGAAAUAGCUAGGUGACAAGGUUUGUUUUAUCUAAUUUUCUGGCAGUAUCAGGUUUUAGAUCUCAGCAUUACUGAAAAUUUUCAAAUAGCUUUAAUUUCCAAAUAAAAUUAGAAUAAUGUUACAAAAUGCAUAUCGUUAAUCUUAAGUAUUUAAAACAAAUGAAAUCCACCCAUAGAAAGGUAAUUUAAGUCAAAGCCAUAGUUUUGUUUUUCGUUAAUAUGUCACGAUGCAUGACGUAACGCCAUCAUUUUUUGAGAUCGAUCCAAAUGUUUAUUUUAGAUGAAUAGAAUAUGCUAUAGUAUUUCGCAGUAAUUUCUUUUGAACUUCAUAUAAACGUUUCACAUUAUUGAUUAGUUUACUUUAACUGUAUAUAAAUGAAAAAGUAAGUACGAAUGGUUCCAAAUUACUUUCAAUUAGCAAAUCCAUAAUUGUCCUUUUUUUUAUUUACAAAACAAUAUCAUAUAUAGCUUGGUUGGCUUAAGAUAACUUGGUUUAAAUUUGAAAUGAGAAUUUUUAGAUUAUUGCUGUGGAAAUAUUAUGAGCACUUUUCUAACAAUACCUUUACUUUUCUCAACAAAAAAUGUUGUCGUGACGUCAUGGCUGAAGUGAUCUAUUUCAUGUGUUGCGAUAAAAUAUAGCAUGAAAAUGUUGAUAAGAAAUUUCUAAAGUGCAAUAUUUUAGCGUUCAAAGAUGACGUAUAUUUUUGCGAUAUACAAAAAAUGUAUUUCUUCCAAGAUGUAUUCAAUGUAAGAACAUUGUAAAAAUUAUAAAAGAUACGUAAAAGUUUGUCUUCAAAAAGCGAAUGAGGCAUUAAAUUAGCUAAAAUGUAUUAUAAAUGCACAUUUCUAAAUGCAUGUAGUUAUAUAGCAUAGAUUUUUUUGCUGUAGACAAAAUAUUUGAAAAGAAAAAACAGUUUUUGUUAUUUAAUAAAUUUUCUGUACCGACAAAUUAUACAAAACACAAAAUACGUAAGCAUGUUUUUUGUUAGUACUGAUAAUAUAUUAGCAAAAUGAUAAUAUGGUACAAGAAGAUUUGUUUUAUUUUUAUUAUAUUUUAUAAUAUAGAAACAUCCAAGAACAAUGCUUAGGAAGAUCAUAGAUCUAUUUUAUCCUUUUUUUACUGUAAAUAUUUAUAUCAUAUCAUCCCUUGAAAAUUUCUAAAUUAAAAUUUUCUCUGUAUU